AUGUUAGAUAAUAGUGAAGCUAUUAUUAAAGAAUCUUUAGAAAGUUAUCUGAAUUACAGACAUGCUGAAUGUGUACUAAAAACAGAAAUGAGUAAACCACAUUUACGAUAAAAGUAUUGUGAAUGCUUGCAAUUAGAAUCAUUUGUUGAAUUCGUAUUGACAUGUUUAGAAUUAGUAAACACUACUGUUCUUAUGAAAUAAAAUUAUCAAUUAAGUCAUAAAUUGCAUUUAUAAUAUUGGAAGAUAUUUAAUGAAUUACCUUAACCAAAAGAUGAAAUGGUAAGUUUCAUCUUAAUUGCAGUCUGGUUCUUGAUACAUAGUACAAUAUUUAAAUAACAAACAUAAGAAGAGAGAAAUAAAAUUGAUCAGAGAUUCCUCUUCAACUCAUAUCAUGUUCUAUUAUAUUAUAUUAAUGGAUUCUAUGUAUCAGAUGAAUUUGUUCAAUAAUAAGUUGAUAUUUAUCUUAAUAACAGAUAUUUGGAUUAUAGACUCAAUUCAUUCUAAAAAAAGAAUCUUAAAAAAUAGUAGAUGCAAUAAACUUAAACUAACUUAUUCCCAAAUGUUAGUAUACCUGAAUUAACCUAAGUUUAAGGUGCCACUUAAUUUUAAAAAGAAUUAAGAUUUAGAAAAAAAUAGAAGAAAUAAUAAAGUGAGCCUAUUAUAAUGGAACAGCAACAGUAAUAAUUAAAUAAAAUAGAAAAUGGAUCAGAUAGAGGUGGUAGAUUUCCAAACUCAAUUAAAUUUAAUUUAAAUUAAUUAUCACCAUCUAUAAAUUCACUUUUAAAUCUCAGCAAUAAAGCUACUCCAAGAGCAAAAUUAGUUACACAUUAAAUUAUAUCACAUAACUUUAAUUAAGUUAAAGUAUCAAAUGUAUUAAAAAACUUGGAUGAACCAAGAACAACAUUAACUCAAAUGAAAGAAAGCAGAGAUAAUGGUAAAGGUUAAAGACUAUUAGAUAAAUACAGAGUAACUUAACCACCUCUUGAGUAUUUUAAAAAACAUCCAAAAGUUGAUCAUUUGUUUAGAGACAUGUUAGAAAUGAAACUUGUCUUAUAAUAGAGUCAUUAACACAUCUAUACAUAACCUAGAUUAGUCAAAGAAGAUUCAACAGCCUUAAGAGAAAAACUAGCAUAAUAUUUGGAAGAAAGAACUUUAAAAUAAAAUUUAACUCCUUAAGAUGAUUUAUUAUAAUUUAGUCCUUAAUUGGGAUCUAAUAUGAUGAUUACAUAUUAACAUAUUAGAACACCUAGUGAUGGAACUAGAAUGUAAGAAACUCAUUCUGUAUUUCCAUCAGGAUAAAUUAGUUCAUUUCUUUAAACACAAAUUUCAUAAUCCCCAUAACCUAAAUCUAAUAAUAAUAAAUUUGUUUAUGAAGACAAAAGGAAAUAAUAUACUGAUAGAUUCAAUAAAGCUAAUGGUAGUUAAACUACAGAUGAUAAAAUAUCAAAUUUAUAACACAACUUACUAGUUAAAUAACAUAUGAUUUAAUAACACUUAAAAAAAUAACAUUGA